AUGUCAAAGCAAAGCGGAAACGAUUCUUUAAUUACGGAGAAAUGCAAAUUCCCUUACUCUUCUGGCGAUUUACUCGUACAUCAUCUCCCAACAUCAGCAAACGAAGAUCAAAAUCAGCUCAGUAAGUUUGAUAUCCAAUUACGCAAUGCUUGGGAUAAAGCAAUGAAUCUGGGCUACUUUCGUUAUACUCUGGACGAAUUACAAACCAAGGUUCUGCCUGGGCCAGCUGGUUAUGUUGCGCAGCGAAACUUAAAAAGAGCGACGCAAAGACGAAAGCCUGGCAGCUUCUUCACUGUCAAGCAACCGUUCGAUGGUACCCGUUUCAAUUUUAACAAGAUUAAUGCAAAAGAGAUUCUCUUUGAACUUUGUCCACAACAUGGGCUUAUAUCUCAAGAACAUAAUGACGAGGAGAGUAUACCAUCCAGAAACUUGGUAAUCAUAAAUGUUAGCCCUGUAGAAUACUGUAAUAUUCUGCUCGUCCCAGCUAUCGAGGAUUGUUUGCCUCAGGCUGUAACAAUUAACGGAUUGCAAUUGGCUAUGGAAAUGUUGCUACUCAGUUCACAAAGGGGAUUUCGUAUUGGAUUUAAUAGUAUUUGCGGAUUUGCUUCUGUUAAUCACUUGCAUUUUCAUGCCUAUUGCAUCAAUUAUGAACUUCCAUCUGAGAAAUGGAACGGGAAACCAAUUAGUGGGCCUUGUAUGGAAUUGGUAGAUUCACCGGCUAAGGGUUUCGGAUUUCAGUACGUGAAUGGCGACUUGCGAUGUUUCAUUAAAAAUAUAUACAGACUAACAUCACUGCUUCACGAGAAAGAGAUAGCCCAUAAUAUUUUUAUAACAAGAGGAAAGCCAUUUCAAAAGAACAACAUAAGCAGUGACGUUGUAGUAAGAGUGCUGGUUUGGCCAAGAGUUUCUUCACUAGGUGCCAAAGAUGAAAACGUACUUAGUGUUGCAUUUUGUGAGCUAGCUGGUCACUUAAUAGUGAAAAACGAAAGUCAAUUUGAGAUCAUUACUGAUGAAAGUAUAAGCUCACUCAUACACGAAAUAUCACUACCUGAGAGUGAAUUCAAAGAAUUAAGACAAAAUAUUCAAAAUCUUUACUCGGAAUAA